UGUAUUUGUGAACCAGGAUUCAAACCACCGUAUUGUGAAGCGCCAGCCGAUGCAUGCUUCAAUCAUCUGUGCAUUAAUGGAGCGCAAUGCGUCGCUAAGUCACCUUUCAAUUACGAGUAUGUCACUUGUUUUACGAAUAAUGAAAACUCCAACAUCGUAUUUCCUGCUUUUUCUGUUCUGUGCACUUUUAUGAUGUUGUUUGUGGUCUACGUCGCCUGUCUAAACAGAACCAGCCGAUCAGAUGAGAGAGACGACGAUCAUGAAGGUCCUGAUAGCAUUCGACUACGAAAAAUCAAGGUGGCAUUCGAGCAGAAGAAAAACAUCAUCCGACGGAAGAGAGAUGCCGAUCGAUUACUGGCUUUAGCCCGAAAACUGCAGACUCCAACUAAGGCAGAGCAAAUCGCAGCAGGAGGACCACAUGCAGACAACGAAGCGAAUGAUAAUCUGGACCAUUCGAGGUGGCGAAUGCCCUCCUAUUUCAAGAAACUUUCCAAUACGACUGUUGAGCUCACAAUCAGUCAGUGGUUACGGAGUCCUUUCUCGAAAGGC